UGUUAUUUAUCCCUGGGCUUUGUCUGGAAGGCACAGCCUUCCUGGUGGUUCAGCUACUUCACUUUCUCCACGGUUGUCAAACCUCAACGUCAAUGGGCCACAGACCACCUGACAGACUUUACCCAGGGCACAAAAUACACGCGAUAUGAACCGUGUGUUGUAUAAACGACGCUGUCGCGGUGUGUUGCUCAUCGAAUAUUACCAGUCUUCAUUUGUUCAAAGCUGUGGGUCAGCCAAACACGAGCAGCAUGCUGGCACCGCAGGCAGAUCAGGUCAUGGCCCUUGGCGACUGGGAGGAACGCUGGCAGGAGGACCGGAUAGGUUUCCACCAGCCUCACGUGCACACGAUGCUGGAGAAGAACAUCGAUAAAGUUAUUUCGGGGCGGACGGGAGUUCGCGUCUUCUUUCCUCUCUGUGGGAAAGCUGUAGAUAUGAAGUGGCUAGCAGACAUGGGCCACUCGGUGGUUGGAGUGGAGAUUUCUGAAAAGGCAAUAAAACAGUUCUUUGCAGAGAACAACUUGACCUACCGCGAGGAGCCUGUUCCUGCCAUACCUGGGGCAAAGGUUUACAAGAGCUCAGAAAGAAAUAUCUCCCUGUAUCAAUGUGACCUCUUCAAAUUCUCCAGUUCCAUUGACGGUCAGUUUGGGGCAAUUUGGGACAGAGGAUCUCUAGUGGCCAUCAACCCAAAAGAACGAGAAACGUAUGCUGCACUCAUCAUUUCUCUUAUGGCUAAAGAUUGCAGAUACCUUCUGGACACUUUUCUGUACAACGCUGAGUUGUAUACAGGGCCGCCCUUUUUUGUGCCUGACGAGCAAUUGGCCAGCCUGUUCGGGAAGAGCUGUGAUUUGGAACUGCUGCAGUCGGCUGAUGCCCUGACAGAAAAACAUCGAGGCUGGGGACUGGACUCCCUGACUGAAAAUGUACACCUCAUCACUCCCAAGAGCAUUUAAAAACUUUUAAGUUUGGAGAGUUUCGAAAAGCAGAUCAUGGCCGUUUAAUUGCAAAUACUGGUCCUGUAAAAGAGAAAAAAUACUUUUGGUAGAAGGUGCAUGGAAAUAAAAUGACCUCAUCUUUUCAUCAGA